GCCCGGAAACAGUGAUAAAAAGAGAACAAUACACGUCAACAAGAAUUUGGCAGGUUAAGACGUACACGUUUAAAACUUAUAUUAUUGAACAAUGUCGGGAGUUUUAGGAGUAAUUUCAAAAUUUUAUAAUGAAUACUCCAGCAAGACUCCAAAGAAGUUGAAAUUAAUAGAUGCCUACCUGUUUUAUAUUCUACUAACAGGUAUUAUUCAAUUCGUUUAUUGCCUUCUCGUCGGAACGUUUCCCUUUAAUUCAUUCCUAAGUGGAUUCAUCUCUACAGUUAGCUGUUUCGUAUUAGCCGUGUGUCUAAGACUCCAAGUUAAUCCAGAAAAUAAAAGCCAGUUCAGUGGGAUAAGUCCAGAGAGAGGAUUUGCUGAUUUUAUUUUUGCCCAUAUUGUGUUGCAUCUAGUUGUAAUGAAUUUCAUUGGAUAAACUAUUUCCAAUAAAAUUAUCUGCAUAUAAGUUUUGUUUAAAAUAAACUAAAUAUUUUUUUGUUAAAUUUUAGAACUGCUAAACAAAGUAUGGUUUGCAUAAUUGACAAAAAAGAAUUGCUUCUUCAUAUAAUUAUAUACAUAUAUAUAUAUAUAUAUAAUAUAUAUAUAUAUAUAUAUAUAUAUAUAUAUAUAUAUAUAUAUAUAUAAAUAUAUAUAUAACCUAUGAUAAAAAUGUUGAUAAUUAAAUAUAGCACACAAUAAAGGAAUUAAAAUAAAACUAUUGAUCGACUGAUCUGAUCUGAUCGAUAUUGCCUUAUUUUUAAAUAUUUUUUGAAAAAUACAAUUGUUCCAUUUUGAUGAGAAAUAAAGUUUUAUAUAAAUAUUUUUACAAUUACACAUUGUUUUUACAUACUUGAGAAACUAUUUAUCAUUGGAUGGGAGAUUUUAUCUAUAAUAAAAAUGAAUAUAAGUUAUAAACCCAAGGUUUCUUAUCUAUGUGUUAUAAUAUUUCAACAUUCACAAGGUAAACUGAGCAUGGUGUGAUAUUACGAUGUUGACUUGUUGUUUAAGAAAAAAAUUAAAAGCAGCUGAUACUGCUCAGAGUGAAGAGAACCAUUAUGAAAAAAGUAAAUAUGUACAAAUUAUAACAAGUAUUUUAUUAUCUAUUUAUAUAAGAUAUAAAAUAUUCUGAAGUGUAUCGAAAAAAAACGGGAUAUGUUCAAGGGGUGUAUUAUUAGAACAACAAACAAAUUGUAAACAGUAAAGUAAUACAUACAUACUGCUAAAUAAAAAUGGACAAAGAAUAUAGGUCCAAUUUACUUGCAGUCAGCACAAAAUAUCUCAUAGGGGAUAUAAGUAAAGUUGGUGUAUAAUUCAAUCUAUUUAUCUGUUCUGUGAAUUAAGUUAACUAUAAAACUGAAGAAAAUUUUUCUAAUGUGUAUGUAUCUUAUUAUCUAUGAUGUCAAAGGAUCUUUUUUGGCACUGGAGUGGGGACACUCAAUGUUUAUAGCUGAUCUAUUAAUCUAACUCCUUUUAGAACCUUCAGGAUGUGGGUUGGCUUUAGCUCCCAAAGAUCUUCUAUUUCGUAAACUACCUGGUGUAAUGCUCUGAAGUUAGUAAUCUCUUGUUUUGAAAGAAUGUGGAUAGAGGUUUCGUGUGUCUAUUGAGGCGACAGUGCCUCGAUUCCUGUAUUUUCCGUGCAAUUUGAUUCAAAGGUCUGCUCUAACGUUUCAUUCAUUAUGAACAGAAAAUUAUCUUUUCCUAUUUUCAUUUAAAUUUUUAAAUUUCAUAUAUUUUCAGUACGUUCCAAGAUGAUUGAUGAUGACCAAAAUUUAGUUAAGGAGUCAGCUAAAAGCAAAAAUCCACAAAUGAAGACUCAAAGAUCAAAUAGUUCUACAUCAUUUAAUAGAAGUUUUUCUUUGAGCAGUUUCUAUAGCGUGAAUUCGACGAGAUCUGCAGGUGACGGUGAUUAUUAUAGUGUCUGUAGUGUUGAAUCGUUCAAAAGUGUUUAGUACAAAUCGCUUUAAUAUAGUUGUAUUGAUUUUUCAAAAUAUUGUAUAUUUUAUACAAAUUUCACAAAAACCUAUAAUAACAUUGUUUGAAAGAGCUUGAGUGUGUAAUAUUAUGCAGUUUAGUACUAAUACUUUGAGCCUUCUACAAAUUCAUAUCCAGCUCAGAGAACCGGACAUGGUAAUUUGAGUUUAGUAGUUACUGUUUAAAAUUCUUUAUAAAUUGUAUUGUUAAAUUUGAUUAAACCUUUAAAUUUU